AUGGCGCCGGUGAGCGAGCAGCUGGCGCCGCAGGGCGCGGGGGACCCCGCCGCCGCCCCCCUGCCCGGCCCGCCGGCGGCGGCGACGACGGUGGUGGAGCCGCGGCAGGAGAACGGCGGCGAGUGGUGCCCCGGGAGCGGCAGCCCGGGCGCGCCGAGCGGCGAGAGCGGGGCCCAGCCCCGGGCGGCGACGGAGGCCCCUGGGAGCGCGGGCUGCCCCGGGAGCGCGGCGCCUGAGCCCCCCGAGGGCGGCUGGGGCUGGGUGGUGAUGCUGGCCGCCAUGUGGUGCAACGGCGCCGUCUUCGGCAUCCAGAACUCGUGCGGGGUCCUGUUCGUCUCCAUGCUCCAGCUCUUCGGCAGCAGCGAGGACAAGCAGCUGGCGUUCAAAACAGCAUGGGUGAGCUCUCUUUCUAUGGGGAUGGUCUUCUUCUGUUCUCCAAUAGUCAGCAUAUUCACAGACCUGUUUGGUUGUCGAAAAGUAGCUGUUAUUGGAGCUGCAGUAGGGUUUGUUGGACUACUUUCAAGUUCUUUUGUAAGCACCAUUGAACCUCUGUAUUUCACCUACGGGAUCUUAUUUGCCUGUGGCUGCUCAUUUGCGUACCAGCCAUCCUUGGUCAUUCUCGGGCACUAUUUCAAGAAACGCCUUGGACUAGUGAAUGGCAUUGUCACUGCAGGCAGCAGCUUGUUCACUGUGUCACUUCCCUUCCUCUUGAGAGUUUUGAUCGAUUCUGUUGGCCUAUACAACACCUUACGGGUCCUGUGCAUCCUUAUGUUUAUUCUGUUCCUGGCUGGCUUUACGUACAAACCCCUUGUUUCCAACGCCAAAGACAAGGAGGGAGGAAAGAAGGGGAAGUUCAGAUUUCCUCCUGAAAAAAAGAUUUGCAGUUUCUCUGUUUUCAAAGUUCUCAGUUACCGAAUCUGGGCUUUUGGGAUCCCAGCUGCACUUUUUGGAUACUUUGUGCCUUAUGUUCACUUGAUGAAGCAUGUAGAAGACAGAUUUGGUGACAGCGUGCCAGAAGAAGUGCUUCUGCUGUGUCUGGGCAUUACUUCAGGAGUUGGCAGAUUGAUCUUCGGCAGAGUUGCAGAUUAUAUUCCUGGUGCAAAAAAAGUUUAUUUACAGGUGGCCUCAUUCUUCUUUAUUGGCCUGAUGUCUAUGAUGAUUCCACUGUGCCAUGUCUUUGGAGGUCUCAUUGCUGUCUGUCUCUUCAUGGGCCUGUUUGAUGGGUGCUUCAUUUGCAUUAUGGCUCCUAUUGCCUUUGAGCUUGUUGGGGCUCAGGAUGUCUCCCAGGCCAUAGGAUUUCUACUAGGACUUAUGUCAAUACCUAUGACAGUUGGUCCACCCAUUGCAGGCUUGCUGCGUGAUCACCUCGGCACCUAUGAUGUAGCAUUCUACCUGGCCGGCGUCCCUCCCCUUAUUGGCGGAGCUAUAUUAUGUUUCAUCCCCUGGGUCCAUGAACGGCAGAAGUUAAAAGAAAGAGCAAAACCUGUUGAUGGAGAAACUACUGAGAAAAUGCUGGAAAACGAAAGCACUUUGGUGUCGGACACUACAGAAAAGCCAGUCAAAGAAAUGGAAUCUGGUUUUUGAUGCUUUCUUUUCCUGUACCAGCCUGACCUUCUGCUGAAGCUAGAUUUGUUCUUUUUGGCUGAAGAUACUGUAUGAUACUGAAGAAGUCUUGAACUAUUGCUCAAAUUGCAAAACUGCUAUAAGAAUCUUUUAUACCAUUGAACUUUUUUGAUGAGUCAAGUUUGAUUUCAAGCCACAUUUUCAAGGUAUUUGAAGUUUUGUAGCAUUAGUGUGUACGUGCGUAGUGAUUCUGCGUGUGAAGAGAAUAUUUUUCUAAUUCAUUAGAACCUAUUUCUGGAAGUGUGAAAGCUGUUUUUGGUUUACUGACCCAGGAUUCUUCAAUAACUUUUAUGGUCCAUCCAAAGCAGGCAUACCCAUGGGUGUUUAUACUGGAAAAUGUCGUAGCUCUUAUGUCUGAUUUGUUUUUUCAAGUUUCUCAUGCUGUUUUACAGUCUUUUACAAUUCUGUAUCAUGAACAUGAAUAUGGAUCUCUUUGAUUCCCUUAACUCUUUCUGAAAUCAUUUUGCGUCAGAAAGCUAAAUUAUUAAACAUCUGUUUUAUUUUCUCUAAAUACCCCAGCCUGCUCAGUUUGCUUAAACACUCACCUGUUUUUGCAUUCACCUUUUCACAGUAGCCCAAACAAAGAACAUUAAGGAUGAAAUUUUUGAUGGGCACGGGUUUUGAAUAUGUGCAAACUAAGCUCCGAGUGCAAACACAUUCAGAAGUAAAGCUCCUGAAUGAUAGAUUUUUUUUUAAUUUGGUGAAGGCAAUAUUAUUAAUGUAUAUGUGUAUAUUUUUUCAGCUAAACCUCAGAAUAGCUGGUAGUUUUGAAAUUGUACUGACAGUAAUACUUUGGAGCAGUAUUGUGAAUUAGACUAAAUUUCAAAUUAUUCUGUUGUACUUGUUACAUUCUUUUUUUUAUUAAAAACAAGACAGCUUUAAAGGAUACAUUCUAAGUGCAAUAAUAGGUUGUUUUUAACAUGGAAAUAUACAUGAGCUAUUAAAAUGACAUUCAACAAUUAAAGAGUUUUUGCACUAAGUGAACAUGCAGGUUUAUUAUAGGUCUUUAUAGCUGUAUUCAAUUGCAUGUAGGAUAUAGCCACAUAUUUUAUUCAAAUAUAAAGGUCUUUGCAUGUCCUAUUUCUUGCUUAACAUACUAAACAUAUGACCCUGUUACUUAUGUGUUCUUAGGUAUUAUGCACUGUUUGUCAAGCAGGUAUUUCUGAAAACCUCUUUCUGAAAAAUAUUUGAAAGCAUAAUACUUUGAGAUGAAAACACUGCUUUUCAGUUUAUCAUAAAACACUUCCAAGUACAUUGUUUAUUUGUGGAUAUGGAUCAGCAAUGCAGUGGAAUACUUAUUCAUUCUUUUUCAGGUCCAUUCAAUACCAAUAAUUUUUGUUUUCUUGUUUAGAAGUGUCAUAGCAAAGAGUAGACUAAAUGUGAUCUGAAGACAAAAUGCACAUUUAAGUGCAUUUUCUUAUUUAGUAACAAUACCUGUUCUUUACAUAAACCAUGGAAGCAUACUGUUUUAAAAUUAUAACCUUUAUUGUCUUUUCUAUUUUUAUUAUUUUUCCUUCUCUAGAAUUGUAGUAAAUUGCUCAGAAAGCCCAUGUACAUUUGUGAUAUAAAACAUUAUAUUAGCAAUACUAUUGCAUAGAAUGUUUACGCCUAUCAACUUACAAAAGUCCUUUAAAUACAAUCACGCAAAGCAUCCCGAUUAUUGGAGACCAAAGCUCAUACCUUUCUUAUAUUGCAGAAUUUCAAUCCCUGCUUUACAUGAGUGAGGUUUAAAAGAAUUGAAUCUUAAAAUGUUAGAGGUGUGCGGGAGGGACUUGGAGAUGGGAAAAAAAAUCCAAAACCAUUCUGUAAAACAGAGGUCCCUUUAGGUUCCCUGGGACUUGUGCUUCUGCACCUCAGAAGUACUUCUAAAAAUGUAAUUAAAAUAUUCAUAGUGUUAAUGAAGACAACAUUUUGUAGUCAUUUUAAUUACAAAAAUGUUAACAGCCUAUGCUGUUCUUGUCUGGAGUAUUUCUGUAGAACAUGUUAUUCAGUAUUAUCUUCUAUUUGGGCAAUGCAAAAGGUGUCGAGUAAGUGUGGUAAAAGCCUCUUGUUUCCUUUUGCUUUGUUAUGAGAAAUUAGUAUUCAUCACAGAUCUUACAUUUCAUGUGUUUUAGCGUUGAGUUUUUAAACAAAAACAAGGCUGCUUUUUAGCACUGAUGCAGUUUGAAAUCAUUGUGACCAGAUGUCUAAUUGUGGCAUCCUCCUGACUUGCUGCUCUGUAUCUAUAUAAAUUAUCUGGGAGAGAAUAUAAAAUAAUUAAGUUUUAGAAAUGAUACAGAAGUAGUAUAACAAUAGUAUGGAUUAAUUAUUGCCAUACUCCUUAAAAAUGUAUCUGUACGUAAAAAUCCAAACUCUCAUAUUUGAGUAACUAAAAAUGUAAAUUAUGCUCACAAAUAUGAAGGACAGCAUUUUAAAAAAAACAAAAAACAAAAAAACAAACAAACAAAAAAACCCCCAACCAAAACCCAGAGACUCCAGAAAGAGGGUAUGAUGAGUGAAUAAUUGUUUAGGAGUGAUUACUAUGUUAAAAACAGCUAGUGAAAGGGAUGUUAGACAAGAGGGAGGCAGAGUUUAGGGGUAAGGAAGCUAUUGGAAUAAUGAACCUAUUUCUGAUGCCAGUGCUUGUUUUACAACAAUGCUAAAAUUGGAAAGGCUUCAGAAAAAAUGACUUUUCAGACAAGGUAAAAAAAAGUAAAUUAAUGCAUGAGAAGUCUGUUAGCAUCUUUACUGUUAGCUUGUAUCUAUGGAGGAAAUGUCCAAUAGAAAAUGCUCUUUAUUGGACAUAAGCAUAAGAAGAUUGUGUCCUAAAGCUAGAUAAGAUGCAGUUAAAAAGAAAGUAAAGUUCAGAUUGUUAGCAGUGAGGCUAAAUAACCAUUGAGAAACUUAUUUAGAGAUAUACUGGAUUCUAUAUGCCCUGAGGUUUUAAAAAUGAGGUUAGCUGUCUCCCUUUUUAUAAAAAACAAAAACAAAACAAAACCAAAACCCCCAACACAAAGAGCAACUAUUUAGUACAUUUAUGAAAAAAUGAUUGAAUAAUGUAGCAAUGGUUGCUGUUCUGAAAACUAGGAGAGAAAAGCACCGAAUAUUCAAUUUUACUUUGAGUAAAUGUAAAUAAAUUUUUGUAACAAAAUUUAAUUUUAGGUGUGAAAACCUGUUCAUGGGAAACCUGCUGAACUCAUAUUUUGAUGACCUAAUUCAUGCCAGAUUUAAUCUUGUUGGGGGUAGAUUCUAAAAUUAAAAUACUAGCUUAGUUCAAGAAAACCCUUAAAUCAUUCAGAUGUAUCCCUCUUGAGAACAGUUGAUAGCGUACUUUUCAUAGACAUUGCUCUCCCAUCCUAUAAACAGAGUAAUCAUCUUUUUUCCACUAAAUGUUCUCAGGGUAAGCUUCAGAAGAAAUUGGGUAGAAAGAGGUUCACUUAAAAUGGCAGAUGCUGUAAUUUAAUACACCAGAUCUUGAAACCAAGACUGAUUGUGAGCAAGGGACUGGGUUUAUGUAUGGCUGACACAUCUUUUCAGUAGGUGUGAGAUCCUUGUAAAUCUUAAUAUAGCUGUUCAGCAAAGAGUCUGAAAUAAUGAGAACCUUUCAGGUUCUUAUUUACAUCUAAGCUAUGCAACAAUUUACAAUGUAUAAUUGAUAAAAAAAGUAUUGUUGGAUUUAUUCUGGCUACAUGUUAGAAGACCUGUACAAGUCUCAAACCAAGACUUCAAGUUAACAUACUCUUAGUUAGAAUUUCUUUCAUCCAGAUCUUUGUCUGUUCAGCAUUAACGUUUAAUUUUUUUCUAAGUUUAUUUUCAGCAACUGUUUAUGGACCUUCCUAAAUUGCUCACCGAAGUCAAAGAUGACAUAGCCAUUCUGUGGCCAUCCUUCAGGGUAUAUUCAGUAUCAGAUGAGGUAGACAACUGACAUUUUUCUCCUUUGGCUCUUCAUGCACAAUGUCUGGGCAUAUACAUUCCCCCUUUCCCUUUGGAGACACUGGAUUGUCAAAGCAGAUGCAAACCAUAUUGGAUAUGGAUAGUACUUUUCAGCCUUCUGUUCUCAGACUUCUUCCCUGCCAGUAAACCUUUGAAUAGCCAUAGCCUGAUAGACGAGGCAAGUUUUCGUGAAGUGGGAGAUGUGAAGUUGAAUCAACUCACAGGAGUGCUGAAGGCAGUUCACACACAUACUAGGUGAAUGCUUUGAUCACGUGCGUAUGAUGUUAAAAAAUGGACACUACCCUUUUAAAGCAAAAAUGCCCUGCUCAGUUCUUUGCAUCAGGUAGUACAUGCCAAAGGGACAGGAGAUGCUUCCCUGCAGCCCCAAAGGGAGUCUUUAAGGAUGGGAGUCAACGCUAUUACCCUUAGAAUCAUCCUUAUGGGUUAGCUUAAGCAGCUGGGUUCUCACUGUGCUGGCACGGGGCAGCUCCCUGCUUUGCUGUGGGGGAGCCCAUGCAGAGGGGCUCAGCCGUGCUGUCUGAGCAGGGAGCAGAGGUGCUGCCUUGUUUGGGGCCUGGAUUCCCUUCUGGGGAGCUGGAAGUGUUAUGGAAGCUGACUUUCAGGCAUCUUAACUCUUCUGUUGGAACUGACCCUCUGAUACUAAGAGUGUGUGUGUAUGUAUAUAUAAAUACAAUGUAUUUUCACCAGGGCGUACACAUACAUUCUGCAUUCAACUACAGGAGCUGUAGCACUGGAAUGUGGGAGACAGCUGAGGAAAAAGCAAUUAUUUUCAUUUGUGUGUUUCACUGUUGACAAGCACAGCAUCAUUACAGUUCCAGACAGCCAGUGAGUUUCUAGUCAUGUAAACUUUGGCAUAUUUUCAGUAUGCCUUUUAGUCUUAUAUAUAUAUUGUGUCAACAUUUUUAAUGUUUCAGAACUGCGUAUGCUAAGAUUAGAGUGAUUUUAUAUGAAAACGUGUGCUAAUAUUGGUAACACUGACAUGUUUAAGUAUCUUUAUAGACGACAUAUUUUGUAUGUUGUUUUUGAUAUUAAAGGAUAUAUGUUUUGCUAGCCAUAACUCCAUUCUUUAAAGUUCUGCUUUGUUAGAAGGGUAAGAAAUGAAUGUCUAAUGUUUUUCAUGGUGCUAAAGUAACUGUGAUCAGUCUCAAAUUAUUCAGAAUAAAGAUGGUAGUUCUUAAGUGCCCUAUUUGUUACUGCAUGCAUCACUUUUAGUCUUGUUCUCCUGUAAAAGUUGUCAUUUUUGAAAAGUAAUUUUGUGUUAUUCUGAUAAUUAUUGAAUCUCAUGUGCAGACUUUUGUAUAAAAGUCUUUACAGCUUUUAUUACCACUGUGCUCUGAUUGGAAUGUCCCCAUUACAUUUGCUCCUAAAUUAAUAUAUGGUGCAGCCCAUUUCAUUCUGAUUGCACUGACGAUCCAUUUUAAGACCAAUGGUUUAUAAACCUAAACUACUGACUUCCAGAGUUACAUGCUUCUGAAAAUUUUAUCUACUCUAUUUUCCAUUCUGGGGCUUACUAUCAAAUUUACAGAACAGUUGCAUUCAAAAAAGGCAGAAGUAAA